AGGUGUGCAAUAUGGUGUGGCUCUAAUAAAGAAGUUAUAAAACCUCCAAAUCUCCCUGGGACUUCCCUUUGAUUCUUCUGAGUAAUGGAGAAAAACAAAAUACAUGUCUUCUUUGCAGUGUGAAAAGACCUACAUACAAAAUGUUGUCAGAAGGGUAUCUUUGUGGAAUCCCCUACCUUUGUGAGGACUUCUUGAGUUCCAAGCUCUACAUCAAACAAGCAGCAGAGGAGAAGAUGCAUGAGAUGAGCUAUAUGUGCAACUUUACCUGUGCCACCACGGAUGAAACACAAGGCAGAGGUCUCUUUCAGAAGUGCAGAUCUGUUGGCAAGUUUUUCUCUUCAGUUUGUUCUAAAGGAAGCAAACACAAUGGAAGACAGAAAGAGACUUUACCACAGGUUAUCCAAAACCCUGAGUUUGAAAGGCAAACAUCUCCAGCUGACGAUAUGUCUGAAGGAUCCACAAGCAGAGAUACCUACCUGGUUCCUUCUUCCUGUAAAAGCAUUUGCAAGAAUUACAGUGAUUUGCACAUUGCUGGUGGUCAUGUGAUGCCCAUUAGCUCAGUAGCUACAGAUUUUACCUGUGACAGUGGGAUAGGCCCAUUCUUGGAGUCAUCAGAGAUUCCUCCACCUAUGGAAUCCAUGAUUAUGCCCCCCAGUAAUGUCAUUCACAAGCCCGUCCAAGGGUACUCGUCAUGCUGGCGAGUGACCAGCAUCAUGCAACACCAGCAGCCACUCUCCAAUUCAAUGCUGAAUGACUAUCUAGAGCAGAAAGUGAUGGAGCUGUACAAACAGUAUAUCAUGGACAGCAUGGUCAACAGCGCAUCACCCACACAAAUCAUGGCCUCUGAGCUUAUCAUGACCAACGUAGACCAAAUCAGCAUGCAGAUAUCACGAGAGAAAAAUAUGGAAACCACCAAGGCCAAAGACAUGGUCAUUAACUGCCUGUUGAGACUGGCCAGUGGAAAAGUGUCCACUGAAAUAAGCACCCCUAGUCUGCAUAUAUCUCAAUAAAGCAGGAUCAGUAUGUUGACGGGUGGCAUUAAGGUGGUCUGCAGCUAGAAAGCUUACAGGUUUUGUAAAUGCAAAUGUUAAGUUCUCAGUUAUAAUACUUUUCUGGUAUUGUUGAAUUAAACUCUGUUAUAACUAAUCUUGUUGUUAUUGACCAAUUUCUGUUGGCCAAAGAGACAAGAUUUUUAUUUGGUCCAGACCUGAAGAAGAGCUCUGUGUAGCUUGAAAGCUUGACUCUUUCACCUGCCCAAGUUAGUCCCAUAAAACAGUGGUUCCCAACCUGUGCUCUGCAGACCCCUGGUGAUCCACAGUAGUACUGCAGGGGAUCCAUGGACAGUUCAAAAAAUAAGGAUCAGGUCCACUUAUGUCUCUUUUUCCCCCAGGGAGGGGAUGCCGUGAAAUGUUAAUAGAUUGAAAAGGGAUCCAAAUGCUCAAAGAGGUUGGGAACCACUGCCACAAAAGAUAUUACCUCACCCACCUUGUCUCACUAGCAUCCUGGGACCCUCAAGUCUACAACCACACUGCAAACAUUGUUAUUUAUUAUUUGUACUGUCCUUGCACCUUAGAGCCCCAGUCCUCCUGCUUUUUCAUCAUUUGUGCAAGCGUGAACCUCAGCCUUCAUCCCAAACACAGCUUUGUCCAGAUCUUCCAACUAUGACUAAUCUCCACUGUCUGCCCAGCUCCAUCCAUUCCCUUACUUUCUUUGUUUCUUCACCUUCCCUGCCUCUCAGAUCCAAUCCAAGUUCCAUUCUGAUCCAAGUAAGCUGCCCAAGUGUGGGUCUGAAUUUGUUUUCCUCUGAACUGAACCAUUACAAAGAACGGAGAAAAAUGAUGACCAGCAAUCACUUGCAGAUAUUGUUUUUGUUGUUGCAAAAUGUAGCUUGAGGACUCAGACUCAGAGCUUUAGAAAAUAACACUCUACCAUAUGAGUUAAAAGAGAAUCUUCAUUAUCUGUUAGAUGCAAUAUUCUUUUUUUUCUUUAGGCCAUUUAUGGAUAUUUUCUUAUGAAACAAGUAGGUAUAAGGUA